AUGAACUCCCUUUUCAAUUCUGCUCUAAAGCAGUCCACAGCCAUACGACAUGAUCUUGAUACCUUCGCCGAGUCACCUGGAACAACAUCACCCGCGCUGCAGGGACAAAUAUCAGCAUCACUCGCCUCCUUUUCGCGAACGAUAGACGAUUAUGCAGCCCUAGCCAAGAGUGAACUCAUACCGGAAAAGAAGGAGAAAGCUAUUGAGCGCGAGAAAUCGUUUCGCGCGUCUUUGCUGGAUUAUAGACAGCAGUUUGAGCGGUUACGGAAGGAGAGGGAGGAGACUGUAUCCGUCACAAACCGCAGUGAACUAUUCGGUCGUCGACCACACCAUGCCGCUACCCCCGAGAAUCCCUACGCAGACCACGCAUUACCUCGAUCAUCUGCAUUCGGCAAUGCCUCUUCCUCAAGCGCUGCAGCAGGCGCAGGUGGAUUAAGCUUCGGCGCCGGCCCAGGAACAUACGACCGCGAAACACACGCCCUACGCGAACAAUCCUUCUUUGCGCAAACAAACACCCAACUCGACGAGUUCCUUGAUCGGGGCCGUGCCGUGUUGCAAGAUCUGGGACAGCAGCGCGAUAUUCUCAAGAAUACGCAAAGAAGGCUAUACAGUGUUGGGAAUACCUUGGGGAUCAGCGGUGACACGAUUCGGAGGGUGGAGAGGAGGGCGAGGGAGGAUAAAUGGAUUUUUUGGGGUGGGGUGGUGGUGUUCUUUUUGUUUUGUUGGUUGGUGAUUCAUUUUUUGAGGUCGUAG